GAGAACCAUUGAAUUUUGCAGUUCACCGUGAUUUUGUGGACAGCGCAGGAAUUUUCUCCCUUCAUGCACGGCCAUGAUACUGGUACAACAACGCUGUAUGGCAGGUCAGUACGAAAGUCCAGGUCCUCGUACUCGUGCUGAGUACUAGGAUUACAGUAGUAGGAUUACGAGGAAAGUCAGUCUGAACGGCCUAAGCUCAGUCUGAUGUUAUUCUCACCACCGAUUGAGAUAAUCGUCGCCUAGCUUCUUUAACACAGACCGAGCUUCUCUGCAUCAUACACUGCAUUGCGUAUUACUUUCUGUCUUCAAGGAACACUCUCACCACACAUUGUUCCAUCGUAUCGAACAGUUGAAACACUUGCAUUGUUUUAAAGGCUCCGAUCAAUCUAUUUGUUCCGUCAUCUUUCUCGCGGGAUCUCAUUUGCUCAAUCCUCACCACAACUUUAUUCAACUCGGGUUCCGGACUGUCUUGGAUAUUGCAACAAAAUCACGCUUCGCCACCUAUCGUUGAAUCAUUUUGAAAUCUAAACCUCAAUUAUGUCGUCCCCCAACAUCACCACUAUCGACGCAACCACUACCGUAAUGGCAACCGUUGUCGUUCCUCCUUCUCCCAUCGAAGAUGUCACGGAGGAGGCAGCAACCAAAACGCACGAAGAAACCCCUGAAGAACGAGAGCAACGGAUAUUGACGCUGACAAUGCUAGCGCGACAGCUUGAGUAUUACUUUUCUGCAGCCAAUUUAUCGAGAGACACUUAUCUAUCAACCCUCCGUGAUCUGAACGACUCUUAUGUUCCCGUUUCGAUCAUUGCCAACUUUGGCAAGGUCCAAGCUUUGGUUCCCUACGAGAGCGCUUUGGAAGCCGUUGUUGUGGCAGCUACUGACCACAGCGAUCUAUUAGAAAUUGUGGAAUUAGACGAAGUAGGGAAGAAAAUUAAAAGUUCACAAGAAGAGAAGAAGGACGAAUCCGAAACUACUACUAUCAUUGUAGCAGUGGGAUCUAUCUCGCAGCAGCCGAUUCCUAUGUCGCAAAUACAACCAACAGAAAAAACCAAACAGGUUUCGAAUGAAGAAAGUCCUACUGGAAGUUCUCCUUCUUCGACCGCAAAUUCCCAGCUAGCGUCCACGGUGGCAUCGGCUGGAGUCCAGAACACCAUUAUCCUUCGGGAUGUUGCCGAAGACAUGGAGGAAAAGACACUGCGAGAUCUUUUCAACUUUGAGGGUUGCCCUUCUGUUGAAACGGUUCGUGAAGAUCUACAUAAUUGCUGGUACGUGAAUUGGUACCUAGGCUGCUGUGAACUGUGAUAAUAUACCCAUUCACGAACCAAUCUCUUAUCUGUGGCUAACAUUUCAUUGCGAUUUUCCAUACUAUUGUUUCAAAUUGAACAGGUUCGUCACCCUUGACACUGAAUCCAAAGAUGACAUGUUCAACGUCAUGAUGAAGCUUCGUACAACGAAGUACCCGUCCGGAGAUUCUGUCAAGGCAAGACUCAAAUCCUCCGCUUCGGCAAAUUCCAGCAGCACUCCCACUCCCAACAACAUCGUUUUUAACCCAAAUAUAUCGACCAUGUUUUCGCCCCAGUUCAGUAACAACGGAAAUAUGACCGCAAACUCCAACAGCAAUGGAAAUAACCACUCCAGAAAGAAGCGAUCUUCGAAUAACAAGGGAAGAAGUAGCAGCAGCGCCGGUACAAACACCAACAACAAACCGAAGAGCAACCAACAAAGCAUGUCUGGGACGUCGAAACGGAGAAAUGGAAAGGACGAGUCUUCGUUGGGCAGACCGCCAUUCCCUGGGACCGCUGGAGUGAAGGUUGCUGGUAACAACAGUAAGAAGAUCCAGAGCAAGCCGCCAUCCAUGGGAGAAUCCAACUUCCCCUCUCUUCCUCUUUCGACUGAUGGGAACUCCAAACCAUGCCAGGUGGAAAAGGUCCCCACGGAUCACGAGAUGAUGCGAGGAUGCGAGAAGGAACGCAACGCAAGUGGAUUUUCCGAUUCCUCUUCGACUGCAACCACAAGUACAGCGUCGACACCCACGGAGGCUCCUCCGAGUGGUGUUGUUUCCGGAGGAUACGCCGCUGCUCUUUUGAAACCAGCAGCUCCCACUCCGGUAAGCGUGAAGCAAAAGGAGACCAAAGUGGUUUCGCAGCAGCAGUCUGUCGACAAGGGCAAAGAGAGCUCGAAAAAGAAAGACAACAAGAAGAGUAAGGACGUAAAGCUUUCCACAAAGAACGUGCCUUCCUCGGAAUCAAUUUCUGUCGACCUACCUGCUGUCUCGGUACAGCCACCCGCAUGGGGGAAAGGACGGUCAUUUGCCGAUAUUGUUUCGGCAUAAACGUCAAUGCGGUUUGUAUCUGCUUGAGAAUGUAUUAUGGUGAUUGAAUUGGAUUUGUGGAUCAGAGUUUGCGUUAUUUGUCUUAUAAAUAUCUUGAUUCAAG